CAAGUGUAUUGUAUUGUACCGCUAUGUACAUAGGUACCUAGUGCCGACGAUCUAAACCAAUUGGCAGAAACAUUGAAGUCUCGUCCUGUCCGUCGCAAACUCGGAGGGGAAUAUCACGACCAUAUUCAUAUUCAACAGAGGCCCUUGCCAAUUUUGCCCAAGAUGGUGUUCAUAAUGGGAGUGAACUUCCACGAGAAGAAACUCGUCAGGAAAGCCCUCGAGAGCUUCUACGGCCUAGGGCCGCAGCUAGCCGCGCGCAUCAUGGCCAAGUACACAAUCCACCCUCUCUCCCGAAUCGGCACCGUCGCUCCCAAGACCGUCACUGCCCUAACAGCCGAGCUGUCGACCAUGACGAUAGAAAACGACGCCAGGAGGAUAGUCCAGGACAACAUCAAGCGCCUGCGAGACAUGGGCACCAUCCGCGGAAGGAGACAUGCUAUGGGUCUGCCGGUGCGCGGACAGCGCACGAGGAACCAGAUCGAGACGGCCAAGAAGCUGAAUACCCUCGAGAGAGGAGGCACGUACUCCAAGAUUUAAAAGGAGCCAGCCGGAGGCAUGCUAUCCCUGGAGGGGUGUUUCGCAUGGCGUUGCGGGAAUAAGCGGCUGUUGGCCCCGUUGAAGUCAUUAGGGAAAGGCGUUAAUAAGAGGGUUGCGACGCAUUUUCGGUCGUCUUCAAACAGGACCUAUUCCGGUAUAUAAGUCUAGGGGCAUUGCUCCCUUGUGCAUUUAAACGUAAAUAUUUAAACAUUGCAUUUCAGGAGGACUAAGAAUCUCCUUCACGAGAGGCGGCGGCACAUAAAGUGGCGAUUUUUUCGGGUUAUAACCCCCUAGUCUCGUCGAACAUGAGCUAUCAUGAAACUGGAUAGUUACUUGAACUUAUGUGCUCCGUUUAUCAGACAAGCCGACUCUUUCUCAUAA